AGGUAGAUGAGAUUUUAUUGAUAACGUUAUUGAAAUAACUAUCGAUUAGCACUGACUAGAGAUAAGUCCACGUCAUCAUAAGCCACCAUGCUACUUGAAAUGUUACACUUUAAAUGGUGUUAUUACAUGGUAUAUUGUGUUAUAUAUAUUAUAUAUGUAAUUAUUUUUUUUAGCACACAGUGUGUAACAGCAUAAUCUUCCUGCGCCAUCAGUGCUUUAAUUAACAUGACCACUAAUGAAGUCGCUUGCCCGUUUAUUCCUCUAAUGAGAGCCCCUGUUAUGGAGGCCUCUUAUGUUUUAUGAGGUGUGUAACUGCCACGGCCAUUACGCCAACUGGUCUUAGGAGGAGCAUUUAGCGAUGGCGUUGUUGGUGGUUGUCGUCAGGGGCCGAGGUGGUCCGCAGGGUGGGAUAUUAGCACAGCUGUCAUUCUCUGAAGGCUCAUCUUCCUUUACAUACGCUGUUUCUAGGUGAGCCGCGCUCACUUUGAAACCACUCAAGUUGAACAUAGUCGUUUCAAAAGGGGGGGGUAUUUAUAGUCCGACGUGUCCGACUGUCGCCGUUGAGUUGCAGGAUUUUCCGUGCUGCUCAGAUGCUUGCUGGAGCUGUUUUGGAUCUCGGUCCAACUUUGAGAAGUGUGAAGAAAAAGAAGGAGAAAGAUCAGGGGAGUAUGACAGACUGUUUUAUCUCUGUGUCUACUCUAAUGCCUGAUGUUGCGCUGCAGGCACAUAGACCUGCUACCAUUAAAAUGCUGCCGCUGACAAAAUAUUGUCAUGCGUGCUGCUCUCACUCAGUAUGUGUUCAUAAUGAUCAUCGCUGUUUUUGGUCACAGGGGGCUCGGCUGUUUAAUUGAUAAAGGAAAUGCCUUACAACUCCAUAUAGUUUUUAGUGUUUGCUAUUCCUUCUUUGUACUGUAGCCGACAUCAGAUUUGUCUUCCUACAAUAAUAUUUCAAAAAGUAUGACCUAUGAAAGGGGAGGAAGUUGAAAUGAAGCAUGGUUCGCUUACUGUCAAGUAGCUCAAUGUUUUAUAAAACAUUGGCACGUGUUUGAUAUAACAUUGAAACGUCUUUGAUAAUAAUCCUUGUUGAGAAAAGAUAUAGGUCUAUCAUUUCAUUUCAGAUAUGCCCUGAUGUCUUAAAAGGUUUACUACAUUCCAUCACAUGAUUGUACCUUUCUAUAUUAGUACACCAACAAAACGAAUAUAUAAUGCCCUAUAGCUGGGCGUUGUUAAACUUAUUGUAUGUGAGUCUUAUUUUUCAUUUGUAGGAUAUAUAUUGAUUAUGUUUUAUAAUGCUGCUUUGUUGUAUUAUAAAUCCUGUGACCUAUUCAGAAGGCCUAUUUCCAUUCUAAUCAAUUAAAAAAACAGCAGCAGCCUUUCAAAAGUAUCAAGCUGUGUUUGCGUGUCCUACAUAUGAUAUGUAACCUUCUCUUUUCACAGUUUGAAUUGACUCACUUGGAAAGCGUCCAUCAGGCCUGUCAGAAACAUCUCGACACGUUCUCGUUACACUUAGGCCCUCUGUGGGUUCUUUGAGGUAUUGCAACAUGUACCAACGGAUUACUGGAUAGUGAUCUCAUCCGACUUAAAUGGUCUAGCUAUGUGGAUUCCUCAACACCACCCCCACACACACAGCCUUAUAUCACACAUAUAUUAGUUUUGAUCUGUUGACUUUAAUUUGAUAUGAUUUGAGUUGUAUUAUUGCGUCAGGAAAAUGUCCUUGGAGCCUUGCAUAUUUGUGAUCUGAGAUGUCUGAAAUCAAACACAAGGAUGUCAGUGUAUUGCCAACUCUUCAAUGAGGAGACGGGUUGUAUCAUGGGUGGUUUUGUGUUGGUUUUCCCUGGAGAAUUCCUCUUCAUAAUAAUAGUAAUAAUGAUAAUAAUAAUAAGAUAAAGAAUGAAGUGCAUUUCAUGGCACACAAAUGCACUUUACAAAUGUUACAAACUCACAGGUUUGAGACAACAAUGAAGACCGAAUUAAUUCACACCGCACGUCAAGACAAAGCCAGCAACACAUACGCGGCAGCGCACACGCACGCGCACACACCGUACGUCAAGACAAAGGCAGCUACACACUAAAACGUUAAAAUGUUAUGUUUUUUAACAUAACGGCUCCGCCAUCGACGCAUCAACUUUUUGACGUAGGCCAUGGUGCCGAAUGGACGGACGGACCCACAAUGCAUUUCGCGAGCGCCUCAUGCAAAGUCAAUGAGAUCCGUCGACGGACGGAGGCAGUGUGAACAAGCCCUAAGUCCUGAUAUUCUCCAGAUGGGCUGUAUGUGUGAACAACAUAUUCUGACAUUUGUACCCUGAAAAUCUCCCAAAUAAUACUGAGGUAGUAUUUUCUCUGUAGGAAAUGUAAAUUACUUUAUAUGUGAAUGAGGAGUAGAAAGUCUGUAUUUCUCACACCACUUCAGUGGGGGGUCAGCCUGUUGCCUUUUGUUCGCUGAAUGGUUAAAAAAUAUUUAAAUGUUGGCACUGCUUUUAAGAGUCAUUUGUGGUGAACGAACGUUAUAUUUUGUGAAAUUAUAGGCAAAAUGUUUUCAUACUGUGCUCAGAAAUGUGUUACAUUAUUGACUGGGGUUUUCACAUUAUUGCUAUGGUCGGGGUUAGGGUUAGAGCCCCGUGGGAGUGUGUGGGGAUUGUGGCUGGUUGAAGCAGCCUCACCUGGCUGAGUCUGAUUGGACUCUGGGGCUGGGUGAGGCUGCACACCUGUUGCACAUUGAGUAAUCAGUGUGCACAGGUUAAACCAGCCAUCUCCAUGCCAGUUGAAGAGAGAUCUCCUGCAUAGCAGGCGACUGUCAUAUUCAUAGUCAUGUUCUAUGUUCAAUGUUCAUUUUCUUCAGAUUUUACAAUAAACCUAAUUUCUAACAAAAACACCACCACCACGACCCUGCUUCCUUUUCUGGAAGAGCCCAAUAAGCCCCCUAGGUCGGUUUUGGCAAUUGGCUUUGCUACAGAGACAUACUGUUAGGUAUGGGCGUGGAUGCAGGAUGAGGCAUGCAUUUGCAUCUUGGUUUGCAUUUACCCCAAGCAUGACUGGGCUGGGAUUAUCUCCUGGCUAUAAACACAAAGUAACACUUAUCGCUUGCAUUCCCUCAAGUGUCCCAUAAUGACUUGUGAUAUUAUGAUAAAUACAAUUAUAUUAUACUAUUAUAUAUAGAACGUUAUAAGACGCCGAGAAUUGGCGCACUGCCAGCCGCUGUCACCGAGUGAGAGAGGAGAGUUGACGGAGAAGAUGGCGGUUGACCUAGUUUCAAAGUUAAUACCGUUUACUUACUCGGUGUGAAAAAUGACCACCCCCCGGCAACCCUAGUCUGAAUGUUGCAGUCAUGAGAAACAAAGGUGAGCUCAUUUAUUUUUUCAUUUACAUUUAGGGCAUUUAGCAGACGCUUUUAUCCAAAGUGACUUACAUUAGUCAGAAGAAAGAGAACAAUAUAUCACUAUAGGUACAGUAAAGAUAUUCAUAGAAACAAGUGCUAAGUAUUUACAAUUGCUAGGAUAAGCCAUUCCCAUACAACAAGGUAGAAGAUGCUACACAAUACUAAGUACUGGCAAAGAGCACAUUGGAGCGGUCUCAGUCACAUUGCAUUAUGAUGUUUUAUGGUAGGCCUACGUGUUGUGCUUCUGUAGUUUUAAUUGUGUACAUCGCCACCGUUGCUGCUGCCACUGUGAUGCUGAAGGAAUUCUACACCAAAGAAUAUGGAAGAAUCAAAGCUAUUAGGUUUGGCAUUCAAACAAUGAAUCAAUCAAUCAAAAACGUGAAGAAGUGUGACCUCUCUAAGGAUUGCCCCCUGAGCCACUAUGCACUCCGGAUCAAAAGUGGCGCAGCAAACGCUGUGGGCCCAAGCAUCUGCUUCGAAGGAGACAUUGUUAUGAGUCACGGUUUGAGAAACGUGGGGCCAGGACUCAACAUAGUGCAAGUCCAUGGUAACAACGGAACAAUUAAGAGGUUUGACUGUCUUGACGCAAAAGAUGACAUGCCUGGGGACACUUUAACUGACAUGAUAGAAAUUGUUCCAGGGACAAUCGUUUUGGUGGCAUCUUUUGAUGACGUUUCUACAAUGAUGCCAGAGGAGUCGAAGGAUAUAUUGGUUAGAUUAGGAAGCACACUAGUCAAACGGAUCAAAUACAGAGACACUUGGGUUUUCGCUGGUAGUUCUGGCAUGACCAGCCCAUUUGAAGAGCUAACGCCCAACGAUGAGAAGACCAACAAAUAUGGAGGCUGGCCUGCAAUGGCAGAGGUGUCCGGCUGUUUUCCAAGGACGCUCUGAUCAGUGGGAGAAGGUCACAGUGUCAAUUAUUAAGGCUUCAUUCAUAAACCAGGAAUCAACUUUGGUUAAUGCAGUAAUCAGCAAUAAUUUGAUGUACCAUUAGCUUAUAGGGGUGGUGUGAUAUGGUUAGGGGAAGGGAUGGUUGUCUUAUGAUUAGGGUUCUAAAUAACAUCAAAAAACUUUAGUUAUUAUGAACAACAUUACCUCAGUUAACAUGGACACUAUUAGCAAACAUCAUCACCAUUAGUAGAUGAUUAAACCUGUUACUCAUUGGAUUACUGCAUGAACCAGUGUUAAUAGUUAAUGUAUAAUUAUUAUUUAGUGUUAACGAGACGUAAACAUUUUGGUUUAUUUAUUAAAAGGGAAAUGUUCAUACUGUGUGAAAUCUAUUUGUACAUAUGAGAACACAUAAAUUAUGUGUUUGAGGAUAGACCACACAACUAUAAAAUAUGUAAAGCAUAGCUACUGCUAAUAAUAAUUAUGAUAUAACAAAUCAUGGCCUACUGCUAAUUACAAUACAUACUGCUAAUACCAAUGAUUAUUGUUUUAUUCAUAACAUAAUAAGGAUAUGUUAAUGGGAGAUGUGAAGCCACUAAAGGGAUUCACUGUCAUCUUACCUAAUACACCUAUUUGCUAAGGAUGAUUCAUUCAGUGGUUUGUGGCAAUGCAAUUAGCUACACACAUAACGACUGAAUUGUGGUUUGGCUAACACUCCCCUCAUUAUCUACUUAUAGAAGUUGGGGAAAGUAACUCCUAACCUGCCAUAGACAUCGAGCUUUAGAUCAGAGAAUACUUUUUCGAAGGGAAAGAUUAUUUAUUACAGACUAGUUAAAGAAAUUAAGACUUUGACCAUGUAACGGUGAAAGAUCAAUAAUCAUUUCCACAGACUUUAAUCUAUCAUAAAAGCAAAAUAAAAGUCACAUCAAAAUUUGAUAACUUACUUUCUGUCGAUACAAAAUAUCUAUCAAUAUUCAAUUCAUAUCAAUAGCAACACUACUGUAAAUAGCUAUAUCGUAAAUGAUCAUAUUGUCAUGUAUAUAAUCUAUAUUUUAUUUAGCUGUCGUGUACUAUUUAGUCACAACAGUCUGUUUCCUCUGUGGGAGAAACAUAGUUCUAUAAGCUCCCAGCACAUAGUGGUUAAUGCAACAGAAGCAGUCAUGUGGACAGCUUGCCUUUGGCUGUACAUGCAUUUAGAAGGAACCAUAUGAAUUAAAAAUAAAAGCUUAAUUUUUCAACAUGUCAUCAUGAAUAUGUGGGGAGGACACUUUUUUUUUUCCCAGGGAACUGUUUACUUACCAGGGGGAACUGUUUACUUACCAAAUACAACGGUUGAAUUGACUUUGCAUACCAUUUCAAUGGAGAUGUUUAACUUAAUCACCUAAUCAUGUAGAUUAUUUAUUCUUCUUCUUCCUCAACGCCCAUUUUGAAUUUGAAAAGAGUCAAACACAACCAUGAACCGAUGUGCUACCACCGAGUUAACAAUGUUUUCACGUUCACUUUUUGGAGUUGUGUGCGUGGUUUCCCAGCAGGAACAUACUGAAAGAUGAUUAUAAUAAAAUCUCUUGUGCUUUUUCCUGUUCCAGCAAU